GCAGCUGGUCACAUGAGCCUGAAUUUUCAGUUCAGUUCAUUAGUCAGCCAUUUUGGUCAACACCCUGCUUACUGCGCACAACCAAUCCUAUUAGAACUCAGCAUCCCGGCUCUGAGCAGAUCCUGGAAGUGAUUUCUGCAGUUAAAGAUUUUUUUAGACUAAAUUGAAAGUAUAGGUUUAUUUCUUGUUCAGUUUUUUUCUUUUGUAUUUUUUUUUUCCUGCACAAAGAAGGAGGAUUUUUCACUUAUUCAUGCAGAGGCCAGUUUUUUAAAGCCUGCUAUGGUGGCAUAGGCUGGCUGUACAGGAUUUCAAGCCUAUAGCUCAGCUGAAAAAGAAGGGGGUAGGGAAGGGAAGCUAGAAGAAGAGGAAACUGAGAGAAGACAAUCAUCUUAUUUUGCUAAGUGGUAGGAACUGUCUGAGAAAAGAUAGUAUAGAAUUGUUUAUCUUAAACAGUUGGUUCUUGUGGUUUUUUUUUAUUAACCUUCCCUACCCCUUUUCUUAAAAGCUUUGUUCCAGAGCUUUGGAUUUGGGGGGUUUGGUGAGGAGUUUUUAUUUUUUUUCGUGUGUGUGUGUGUGUGUGUGUGUGUGUGUGUUGUGGUCCCAGCUGAGUCAUCAUGUCUGCUCUGACGCCUCCGACCGAUAUGCCAACCCCCACCACUGACAAGAUCACACAGGCUGCCAUGGAGACCAUCUACCUUUGCAAAUUCCGAGUGUCUAUGGAUGGAGAAUGGCUCUGCCUGCGAGAGCUGGAUGACAUCUCACUUACACCUGACCCAGAGCCUACCCAUGAAGACUCUUGGGAGGAUUUGACAGAUUUGGUGGAGCAAAUGCGCGAUGAUACAGAAGAUCCUAACUAUCUCAUGGCCAACGAACGCAUGAACCUGAUGAACAUGGCCAAACUGAGCAUCAAGGGCUUGAUUGAAUCAGCUCUGAACCUGGGGAGGACUCUGGACUCAGACUACGCACCACUUCAACAGUUCUUCGUGGUGAUGGAGCACUGCCUAAAACACGGCUUGAAAGCUAAGAAAACUUUUCUUGGACAAAAUAAAUCCUUUUGGGGACCUCUAGAACUGGUAGAAAAACUUGUUCCAGAAGCUGCAGAGAUAACAGCCAGUGUCAAAGAUCUUCCAGGACUUAAGACACCAGUAGGCAGAGGAAGAGCCUGGCUUCGUUUGGCAUUAAUGCAAAAGAAACUUUCAGAAUAUAUGAAAGCUUUGAUCAAUAAGAAGGAACUUCUCAGUGAAUUCUAUGAACCCAAUGCCCUCAUGAUGGAAGAAGAAGGAGCUAUAAUUGCUGGUCUCUUGGUCGGUCUAAAUGUCAUUGAUGCCAAUUUCUGUAUGAAAGGAGAAGAUUUAGACUCUCAGGUUGGAGUUAUAGAUUUUUCAAUGUAUCUGAAGGAUGGGAACAGCAGUAAAGGUAGUGAAGGAGAUGGCCAAAUUACUGCAAUUCUGGACCAGAAGAACUAUGUAGAAGAACUCAACAGACAUCUGAAUGCUACUGUAAAUAACCUUCAAGCAAAAGUGGAUGCAUUAGAAAAAUCCAACACUAAACUGACAGAGGAACUUGCAGUUGCAAACAACAGGAUCAUUACCUUGCAAGAAGAAAUGGAACGAGUUAAAGAGGAAAGCUCCUAUCUAUUGGAAUCCAAUCGGAAGGGUCCUAAGCAAGACAGAACUUCAGAAGGGCAAGCACUAAGUGAAGCAAGAAAGCAUUUAAAGGAGGAGACACAAUUACGACUGGAUGUUGAGAAAGAACUGGAGAUCCAGAUCAGCAUGAGACAGGAGAUGGAACUGGCCAUGAAGAUGCUGGAGAAGGACGUCUGCGAGAAGCAGGAUGCCCUGGUGUCUCUGCGGCAGCAGCUGGACGAUCUCAGGGCUCUCAAGCAUGAGCUUGCCUUCAAGCUACAGAGUUCAGAUUUGGGAGUAAAACAGAAAAGUGAACUAAACAGUCGCUUGGAAGAGAAGACUAAUCAGAUGGCUGCUACCAUUAAACAGCUCGAGCAAAGUGAAAAGGAUUUGGUGAAACAGGCAAAGACCUUGAAUAGUGCAGCUAAUAAACUGAUCCCAAAACACCAUUAGGAGUUUUUGCAAUUGGUCACCUCUCAAGUCUGAUAUCACAACUUAGCUGUAAAAGGAAGCAAAUCCAAAAGUUAUUACAUUUAAACUCUAAUUCUAUAUGAAACGUCACCAAAAAUUGACUUGACUUUGAAUUUGUUGGACUUUUAAAAAAAACAGUUUGAUACAUAGACUGUGUUUUUUUCCUCCUUUAUUGUUUCCCCAGAGCUAGAAAUUUAGUAUAAGCUCUUAAUUAAAUGCCUAAUAAACUUUGAAUAAUUACUUCCGAGUUGAACAAUAAGUAACAGACCACUAAAAAGAAAAGUCUAGGGAAUUGAUGCUCUGUACAUAUAUUAUUAAUGCCUUUACUACCCAGUCCCUAACAGCAGAUUCUAGGUGCAUUGUCUAUAUCAGCAAGCCUGUUCUGCCUUUACAAUGUAAUGAGCUAGAGGUGACUACCGUUCGAACUUGGACUCUUCUAAAGUAGUUCUGUGUCUCCUAGGCCAUGACCUCUUUUCACUUUGGUUAUAUAAGUUUAAUUCCCAAGCCAAGGAUAAGUACUUAGUAUUUCAGUACAGUUCUAUUCUCAGUAACUAAGAUUGCUUGCAACAUUUUACCUUAGUGACUUCAGAGAAAAAAAAAAAAAAAAAAAACGCAUCCUUAUAUUUAUUUCUUUAAAGUACAUAGAGAUACAGUUAGUGAUUAGGUAACCUAUGAUAAUAUAAUAAUGUGGAAGCUUGGGAACGCCCUCCUAAUAUUUGUCAUCUCUACCUCUGCCAUUUUCCUGCAAAUCUACUUCCUAUUUAAGUAGAUCAGAGAAAAGAAUUUCUCUCUGAAUAAAAACACUUUUCUUCUAUUGAAAAAAGAUACACUAUACAUUUUUCAAAUAUAUCCUGCUUUUCCUUUUGGAGUAAAGGUGAAAAGGUAUAGACAUGAGUAGUGGUUUCCUGACUCAUCCCUCGAGUGGAAAGCUUUACUUAAGAGUGAUUGUUUUUGUUCAUUCAAAUGUGGGGACUUGCUCAAUUUUCUGGGAAACUAACAGUCUAUUAGAAGACCAUUUCAGAGUAGGACAUAGCUAAAUAGAUAAAACUUAUGUUCACUUAUGUUCUUCACCAUUAUUUAGUCUAUAAAGAUUCUCAGUAGAUAUCCACAAACAGUAAUUAGCAGGGCUUCUUUUUCUAAGUGACCACAGUUCUAACACUUUCUAGGCUUUACAUUGUAAAUUAUCCUAUAAAUAUUGAGAUUUUUUUCCUUUUGAUUUGUGGGGAACAGACUUUAUAUAAGCCUUCAUUCCUUCAAAAAGUCUUGACAAAAUAUUUCGGGGUUUGUUUUUUUUGUUUGUUUGUUUUUUUCCAUUCUAAUAUGUUUUGCAGCAUUUAAGCUGCUUAGAUGGGGCCAGAAAUAAUCCCUUUGUUUCCAGCUCUUGAAAUUCUUUACCUUCUUCUUCAGGGGGAAAAAAAAACAGGCAGAAUUAAGGGAGUAAGAUAGAUUUCAUGUGUGCUGUUACCAGUCCUUGCAGACUUGAACCAAACUCAAGUCAAAGAGCAUUUAACAACCUCAUGGAAAAUCCUGUGCUCUUGAACUUAUUUAGUUCUUAUAAUUUUGCACCUAUAUUAAUAAAUCCCUUAAUGUCUUAUCUUCAUCAUCCUUUGUGGUGAUGAGUUGCUUUUUCUAUGCGCAUAUAGAAGGAAGAUUCAGACACCAAAACAAAACAUUUCAAAGACUACACAUAGCAUGCUUCCAAAUUCUAUUAUAAACAGCCCCAACUGUUUUCACCUUUUAGAACAUGCUUCUUUAUAGGUGCAAAGUUAUAGGAUAUAUAGAAGAAAACAUUCUUUAGAAUCUUCCAGAAAAUAUGGUCAGGAAUUUAUGCAGGCCACUGCUGAGUUGUUUGUCCGGCUAGGCACACCCCACUUGAUAGGAAUAGAAGGAAACAGAUGGCCAAACUCUGACAAAGGCUUUUCCUUAUAUAAUAAUCCAAAGCCUGGGUAAGAGUUGAUGUAAAAUAUCUAAUGGUUUAAUGUAAUUUGUGGUUUAUGGAAAGGACCAGAAAAAAGUUCUAAUUCCGCAUAAGAAGGUAGUUGCCCAUUUGCAAGUUCUAGUUAUGUGUGUAAACAAAAUUUUAAAGUACCAAACUUACUAGGAAAUAAAAACAAAAAAGUGAUUUUAACUUUAAUUACUGUGUACUUGAGGUUGGAUUUGGAUAUGGAUUUUCUAAAAGUGAUGUUUUAUUGUUUAUCAUCUAAUGGCUGUAAACUGUAGUACUAGAAUAAAAAAAAAAUGGAAAAUCAACUUUUCCUCUGCCUGGUUCACCUUCAUCUUGCUUUUCUUUAGAAUUUGUUUUUUUUCCAUCUUUCCCCCUCCAUAAUUGCUUCCCCUGUGUCCUUUAAAGUUUUUUUUUUUCUCCUCUCUGCCUCUCCAUGUCUUCUUCCUUGGGUUGUCUUAUUUUGUGUUGUGAACUUGGUCUUCCUCCCCA